GCGCGCGCCGCCGCCGCCGGGCCGUUACGGGCUGGGGUUUAAAGGGGCCGUUUGGUCACCGACCCGAGCAGCAGGAGCUACAGGGAUAAAGAAACCUGCAUUGGUGACCACAGGAAGCCAGCAAGUUGGUGUGCAGAAAUCUUGGUGAUUCUUCUUUGGUGUCUGAUUCCCCCAAACAAAUGGAGUACAGGACUCAGUCGUCACACCCCGCGUGAGGGAAGCCUUCAGUCCAAAAUGGAGAAGAAGCGAAGAAAGAAAUGAUAGCCUUUUUCUAGGCUAAAGCACAAAAGACCAUGAAAUUUAACUUCUAUUUACGUUGGACAAAACUGUAAGAUUAUCCAGUUGAACAGCACAGGAAUGACAACAUUUUGUUGAAACAGAAGUGAACUAAUAGACCAGGAAGAAAGGCUUGAUUAGUAUUUAUGGCAUUUUGAGGCCAUAUCCUCUUAUGAACAUGAAUUUUGCAAACAUCUGGUUGCUGCUGAUUGUGGUUUUACUCUGUGGCAAAAAUCACCUGGGCAGCCGACUGGAAAACACCUCCCAUGAGGCCAACCUGUGCCCAGGCUGUUCCCGCCUGACUUUGAAGGUGGAAUUCUCUUCAACAGUUGUGGAACAUGAAUAUAUUGUGGCUUUCAAUGGAUACUUUACAGCCAAAGCUAGAAGUAAGUUUAUUUCAAGUGCACUGAAGAGCCGUGAAAUAGAAAAUUGGAGGAUUGUACCACGCAACAAUCCAGCCAGCGACUACCCUAGCGACUUUGAGGUAAUCCAGAUAAAAGAGAACCAGAAAGCUGGAGUGCUGACACUUGAAGAUCACCCAAAUAUCAAGAGAGUAACACCCCAAAGGAAAGUCUUUCGUUCUCUCAAAUAUGCUGAAUCCGAUCCUCCACUGCCCUGCAAUGAAACAAGGUGGACACAGAAAUGGCAAUCAUCACGCCCCCUUAGAAGAGCAAGUCUCUCCCUUGGCUCUGGGUUUUGGCAUGCAACAGGAAGGCAUUCGAGUAGGCGUCUAUUGCGAGCCAUCCCUCGUCAAGUUGCUCAAACACUGCAGGCAGAUGUGCUCUGGCAAAUGGGUUAUACAGGUGCUAGUGUAAGAGUUGCUGUUUUUGAUACUGGGCUGAGUGAAAAGCAUCCUCACUUCAAAAAUGUCAAAGAGAGAACCAACUGGACUAAUGAGAGAACCUUAGAUGAUGGUUUGGGCCAUGGGACAUUUGUAGCAGGUGUAAUAGCCAGCAUGAGGGAAUGCCAGGGAUUUGCUCCAGAUGCAGAACUGCAUAUUUUCAGGGUCUUCACCAACAAUCAGGUCUCAUAUACAUCUUGGUUUUUGGAUGCUUUCAACUAUGCUAUUUUAAAGAAGAUUGACGUGUUAAACCUCAGUAUUGGGGGCCCUGACUUCAUGGAUCAUCCUUUCGUUGAUAAGGUUUGGGAAUUGACAGCUAACAAUGUGAUUAUGGUUUCUGCUAUUGGCAAUGAUGGGCCUCUGUAUGGCACACUCAAUAACCCUGCGGAUCAGAUGGAUGUGAUAGGAGUCGGUGGAAUUGACUUUGAAAAUAAUAUCGCUCGGUUUUCUUCUAGGGGGAUGACCACCUGGGAACUCCCAGGAGGCUAUGGUAGAGUGAAACCUGACAUUGUCACCUAUGGUUCUGGAGUGAGAGGUUCUGGUAUGAAGGGUGGGUGCCGCUCUCUCUCAGGAACAAGUGUUGCCUCUCCCGUGGUUGCAGGUGCAGUAACUUUGCUACUGAGCACCGUUCAGAAGCGUGAAAUGGUGAAUCCAGCCAGCAUGAAGCAGGCUUUGAUUGCGUCAGCACGCAGACUUCCCGGAGUAAAUAUGUUUGAGCAAGGACAUGGCAAGCUUGAUCUUCUUAGAGCCUAUCAGAUCCUUAAUAGCUACAAACCACAAGCAAGUUUGAGUCCAAGCUACAUUGAUCUUACUGAGUGUCCUUAUAUGUGGCCAUACUGCUCCCAACCUAUAUACUAUGGAGGAAUGCCAACCAUUGUUAACGUUACCAUCCUCAACGGCAUGGGAGUCACAGGGAGAAUUGUAGACAAGCCUGACUGGCAACCUUAUUUACCACAGAAUGGAGACAAUAUUGAAGUUGCUUUCUCUUAUUCUUCUAUGUUAUGGCCUUGGUCAGGGUACCUUGCAAUUUCUAUUUCUGUGACAAAGAAAGCUGCCACUUGGGAAGGUAUUGCUCAGGGGCACGUCAUGAUCACAGUAUCAUCGCCAGCCGAAAUUGAAGCUAAACAUGGUGCAGAACAGAUUUCCACUGUGAAGCUCCCAAUUAAAGUGAAGAUUAUUCCUACUCCUCCUCGAAACAAGCGAGUACUCUGGGAUCAGUAUCACAAUCUCCGCUACCCACCAGGGUACUUCCCCAGGGACAACUUGAGGAUGAAAAACGAUCCCCUGGACUGGAAUGGCGAUCACAUCCACACAAACUUCAGGGACAUGUACCAGCAUCUGAGAAGCAUGGGGUAUUUUGUUGAGGUCCUUGGCUCUCCCUUCACAUGUUUUGAUGCCAGUCAGUAUGGAACCUUACUAAUGGUAGACAGCGAAGAAGAGUACUUUCCUGAAGAAAUCACCAAAUUGCGGAGGGAUGUUGACAAUGGUCUUUCACUCAUUGUGUUCAGCGACUGGUACAAUACUUCAGUUAUGAGAAAAGUCAAGUUUUAUGAUGAAAAUACAAGGCAGUGGUGGAUGCCAGACACGGGCGGUGCUAAUAUUCCAGCUUUAAAUGAUCUUCUCUCUGUCUGGAACAUGGGAUUCAGUGAUGGCCUUUAUGAAGGAGAUUUUACCUUGGCAAACCAUGACAUGUACUAUGCAUCAGGUUGCAGCAUUGCAAAAUUUCCGGAAGAUGGCAUAGUGAUUGCACAGACUUUUAAGGACCAAGGUCUGGAAGUAUUGAGGCAGGAGACAGCAGUUAUUGAAAAUGUUCCCAUUUUGGGACUUUACCAGAUCCCCUCUGAAGGCGGAGGCCGGUUAGUCCUGUACGGAGACUCUAAUUGCUUGGACGACAGUCACCGUCAAAAGGACUGUUUUUGGCUCCUGGAUUCACUUCUCCAGUACACUGCUUAUGGUGUAAUACCUCCAAGCUUCAGCCACUCUGAAAAUAGGCAGCGGCCUCCAAGUGGAGCCGGCUCUGCUCUUCCAGAACGGAUGGAAGGGAAUCAUCUCCAUCGCUACUCGAAGGUACUGGAGGCUCAUUUGGGAGAUCCCAAACCUCGUGCUCUUCCCGCCUGUCCCCACCUGUCCUGGGCCAAACCACAGCCUUUAAAUGAAACUGCACCCAGCAAUCUCUGGAAACAUCAAAAGUUACUGUCAGUUGACUUGGAUAAAGUGGCUUUGCCCAACUUUCGAUCAAAUCGACCCCAAGUAAGACCCUUGUCUCCUGGAGAAAGCGGGGCUUGGGACAUUCCUGGAGGGAUAAUGCCUGGCCGCUACAACCAAGAUGUUGGACAGACGAUUCCCGUCUUUGCUUUCCUGGGAGCCAUGGUGGUUCUGGCUUUUUUCGUGGUACAGAUCAACAAAGCUAAAAGCAGGCCAAAGAGGCGGAAACCGAGAGUAAAGCGGCCCCAACUGAUGCAGCAGGUUCACCCACCAAAGACCCCUUCUGUGUGACCGGCCCGGCCCCCCACCCCACUCCCUUCCCGCACCAAAAACAGCCUUCUCCGAUGGCUCCAGGGGGCGGGAAGUUACUCCCAUCCGUGAUCCCGGGAACCUCAGAGAAAACACCGCGUUCAUCUGCGGUGCACUGAAUGGAGCCUACUCUUAACUGGGCUUCCUGGGGACGGUGGUGACGCCCUUGUAGCACCCGUCUGGUGGCCACCGGCUCCCUGCAGACAGGUGGACAGGUGUCAAACUCCAUUGGAAGCAGCCAAAGUCGGCAGAGGCGCGCGGACUUUCAGAGGCUGUCGGAAGAAAGCUCACUCACCAACUGACCACGCAGAAGUGUAUUUGUUAAAGGCUAUUUUCUCUAUUUAUUGUUGGAAAAGUCACUUUAAGGAUCUGUGCUGUUUGCAGGCAAAACUUACAUUCUCUUUUGGAGGGAUGGCAUGCCAUUUUCGAAUAGUGUAACAGGAAGAGCCACCGAAUUUAUAGCCAUCUCCUUUACAAAGUCAAAGGGACACAGGGAUUUGAGGGGGAAACGGCACAAAUCGGAGACAUAAUCCUUCUGUUUAUUUUUAUAAAUACCAAAUGUCAUGAUGUUUUGUAAUUUUGGGUCCUGAUUUCACCAUUGUUGGUGGAGAAAAUUUUCAAUAAAUACGCAUUAUCUAAAAUAAUGACA